UUGAACCUUUGAGUUAGUUGGAGUUGAGUUAGUGCUCUAUCCUCGGCCGCGAACCGUUCACGUUCUGCACGUCCCGUCAGUCUUCGAGGAGGCGUUCGAGCGUUGGCCGGUCCCGUAAGUACAGCCGCGACUUAAUAAGCCCAUAUUUCGCAACUUGGUUCCGCAACCGCGCGACUAUAGGCCGCGUAGAGUUAAAAAAAAAAGCGAAAGAAAUAGAGGAGGAAGAAAGGAAAAAAGAAGGAGGAGAGAAAGAGAGAGAGAGAGAGAGAGAGAGAGAAACGUAUUACCGGGAAAUGCGGAAAUUUCAUACUUUCACAUUCCGCGUACUCGCUCGACACGAUCCGCAUCGUCCGUUUCUGCGUACGUCAAACGUCCGCAGUGCUGCUUUCUCAGCAGUGCAUUUAUCUCUGGUGCAUUGACAGUUAGAGAAACGGCGAUCGCUAGAAAUGUCAAAAGUUACAAGUCAAGCCGACUUAUCAAAGACGCUUCCGAACACGUGUAAUUGACUCGCCUCUGGGGAGAGGUGGGAGGUUCAAUAUCAGCAUAGAACGCGCAUUCAUUCAGCGCGCUGAGGAAAAAAAAGGGAUGGCAUGCAGCGCGUGCAUCUGACAGCUGGAUUUUUAAAUUCGUCCGAACGUUUCGAAGAGGCGAGAUUGCCUUUUUUCUCGAUCUCCAUCUGUUGAUCUAAAGCAAAAAGAAUUCUUGCGAGAUCGCGAAGAGCGCGAAAAAUUUCACGCAUUGAUUAUAAGUAAUUAAUGAAUAAAUUAACUAAUGCUCUUUUCAAAAAUUUCAUAAUUUCAUAAUUAACGCUGCACGCGCUCGAAAUGUCGCGCGAUGACGCAAAGUCGUGACAAACUUGGAGGAUAAAGAUAAACAAGCAAAGAAGACGCGCAAAUUAAUUAGCUGUCUCGGGGCAAUUGUUAUUAAAAGACUUAGCCUAUUCUUCUUGCUGUCAAGUCCGUCAAACCAUGUAUUAUUGAUCAAUUUGCAAUACAUCGAAUCGCGGUACAUUGUAAGUUAGUCAACAACGUUUUCAGUGCUCAUUCGACUCGCUGUCACCGAGACUGCAACCGUUGAUGUGAUAAAUUGACCGUUGCUUCGAGAAUUAAUACCAGAGAGUUUCUUCCUUGCGCAUAGUUUCCGCAGAUUUCUAUUCGACUCAUUGCUAAACCACAUAGAUAAUUUUCACGCUCAUUCAGCCAGGCGUUACUUCUCGCGGCGCGGUUAAAGCGAGAGAGAUUUAUACCUCGCGCGCGUCGAGAAAUACGAAACGCUCUUAAUUCCUUGCUAUCUUCCGUGAGAAAAUACAGUUCUUUCUCGUCUCGAUACCCUAUACUGGAUUGUCGACAAUGCGCGAGUUGGUCAACGUCGGAUGCAUAUACCGUCGGCGAGCUUCUUUCCUUUUCUCUCUUGCGCCUCGAAGCUUGCAGCUCUUUGACCGCGAGUGAGUUUUUUCAGAUAACUCCUCGACGAAGCUCGACGGGAAUCUACUGCGAUCGUGGGGCGUAAGGUCGUUGUCCCGCUUCGGCGAUGGUGUUUCCGAACGAGGGGAAUUAAAUCGGGCUCUAAAUCGUUUGAUCGGGACUUUUGUGAGGCGUGCGACAAACCCCGCGCUAAAAAUACACCUAAGAACGAAGCGUGAAGUUGGGAAUGUUUUCCUGUGCGCGUUUAUACAGUCAAGUAUAAUAUUGUUUUGAACGUUCUCGUAUUUCUGGUACUCGUCACUCUUCGCGAACGCGUCGACGGGUGAUUAUUUAAAUCGUCGUUGAAUAUAUAUUUCGCUGAUAGGGGCACCUUCUCUCAUUCUCUUUUUCUCUUUGUCUUAGUUACAGUUUAAUCAUUUUGUCCAAUUUAGAGCGAAGUCAAAAUUUCGACUGAAAGCACAUGACUGCUGCUCUUCUGUGGUUUGAUUUAUCCACGAUAAUCAUAGAUUUUUAAUGACAUAAUUAAGUCGAUUUGUUCCUUCCUCAUGUUUGAUGUUCCUUGUAUUCUUUAUCGGCAAUUAUGAAUGUGUGAACUACACGCGUAAAUCACGUGAUCAUUUUAUAUCGUUUUAUAAUCGCGGUCGUAUCAUCGCGCACGUGAACGCUAUACGAGAAACUGGUGUCCGCCAAUCUAAAAUUAAAUAUAAAUCAUCUUCAUGCGUUUCCGGUUCUUGAUCUUUUAACCCGCGGCUGUUAUUUCUACUUGAUAUUAAAUUUACAUAAAAUCACACGCAUUAGGUGCGAGAUAGCGAUAGGGCAUGCGGAGAUUCACUUGACAGAACUUUGAUUAUAUUAGUUUUCUUUUAACUGGCUGCAUGAUAAAAAUAAUAUCCGUCAAUGACUCUGAAUUUUCAAGUAGGCAAUUGAACAUCAAUGUGAAUCGAGUAUUCUUGUCCGAAGGCGUGCGUCCUUUUCCUGAUUUUAUACUCUUUAAGAUACAUUUUCUCUCGCGUGCAUAUUUUUUUUGCGGUCUAACAGUGUUGUUGAAAAUAACCUAAUGACGGUAAUUUCUUCUUGGAAACACAAAAUCGCCUUUGCCGAAGGUAAAUUAUUCUACGGUGAAACUGAAAUUAUUUGGGCCAUACAGUGCUCGAUGAAAUGCUAUAAUUAAAUUAGAUUACUAUAAUUAGAUAGUCAGUAUUUUUAAAAUCAUUUUUUCUUGCAGAAAUGAAAUAAACACAGUUAUUGCAAUCUAUCUCUCAUAUUGCAAUAUAUGUUACAUUGAUAACACUAGAUUGAUUAUACUAUCAAUAACGUCACACUUAACGAUAUUAACAAAUUUUGCAUAAGAAAUAUGUUUUUCGUAUGGCUGUGAAAAAUUAACUGUACUUACGCGAGCGAUAACAAAAACGUUCAUCGAGAUUUUUUGCUUUUAUUUAAACUCGAAAAAUUGGAAAUAAAAUGCUUAAAGCGUCAUAGUUUAAUUACAUAUAAUUGCUUGUUUGCACAUAAUUAUAUUAUUUAAAAAUAAUGUAUGACUGCGUCUCUAGUAAGAGAUAAUAAAGUCCACACGUGUCAUAUUUGAUGAACGUAACUUACAAGCAUCGCGGUCAAAGUCCAUAUACUUCUUUAUACCGCGUCUUCGGAAACUUUAUCAUCUUCUUCGAUCGGUUCACGGAUGAGCUAGCAGGUAUAUUAAUAUCCAUAAACUAUUUCAACAUUAAAGCAACAGUGUUUGUUCUCAAUAUGAAAAUAUUUCUACGCGUUAUUCAGUAUAUAUUCUAUCGACUCAAGAACUUUCUCACUCGGUCGGUCUUUUUUUUAUAUUAGUACGACAAAUAUAUACAUAUUAACAUCCAUAAAUCAUUUUAACCUUGAAACAAACAUUGUCCAAAUUCCAUUAUUGAAAUUACCUUGUUCUCAAUAUGAAGAUAUUCUACGUAUUAUUAAUUUAUUUAUUCAUAUAUUGUGCUAGCACGUAUGGAUAUUGGUACAAAAACGAAAGAGAAAUAUCAAGGAUGACAAUGAUGAUGUUAUCAUCGGGAAGCCAAGCCGCCGAAUUCAAGCAACGAGCGGAUCACGUGGAACGGAAAGAAAACGUGACACAAUUCUCCUCAGUACGAAAGUCCAGCUCAGAACGUUCGCUCGUGCCGUCCGGAUCUCUCUUGAACUUUGCGCGCACCAUGCGCUCUGUGUAUACAAUUCAUCAUUCGCUUAUCUGUCAAUGCAGCGCAUUUAAAGAGGACACAGUCUAAAUGCCUUCCCUCCCCGGGGGAGAUUUUGAUACGCGAGUGUCAUCAAUUAUAACGAAGGCAUAUCGUAGAGGCGGUCUCUGCCUUCCUCCUCCCCCCCCCCCUCUUCCUAAGCGAUCCUUUAUCGAGGACGCAAUGAUAACGUGCAAUGUUUUCUACGAUUGGUUUGAUUUGUGACCGGCCACCGACCAUUGUCUCGUAAUCGCUGACGAGUGUGUUUAAGUACGCGCAUGUCGUAACGUCAUUAUUCGAACGGUUUCCGUCGUUCUGCACUACGUGCGAAUUGUUCCGUCGUCGAUCAUUUCGAAAUUCGCACACGCGUGAAAGGUGACAAAAAUCAAUAGGCUGCAAAAGUAUUACAAAGUGAUCGACAUUUUUCGUGUCAUCAACCAACCGGCGAUCACAAUCGUUGCCCGAGUUGGAGCGACAGAUGAGCGUUCGAGCAUAAUCGGCUCCUACCACUCGAUCGGUUAUAGGACAAAGCGCGUUUAACGAUGGAAGUAUUGAUGCACGAGGCGAGCAACCGGCAGGAAAGUAGCGCGGAUGCGCCGAUCUGUAUGGUCGACUUCAAAUCUACGUCCACCGAGAGGCAGGAGGACGGCACCACGCCGACUCACGCCGUGCGAAAUGAUAGCAAGGAAUCGGUCGACAUCAUCUUCGAGAACAUCACUUACACCGUCAGCCUUGGCUUCAGAAAGGGGGAGAAAGAGAUCUUGCAUGGGAUUAACGGAAGGCUCCCUAGCACACAGUUAAUCGCUCUGAUGGGACCAUCCGGCGCGGGGAAGUCCACGUUACUCGACAUUCUGUCCGGUUUCCGCACAACCGGGGUGGAUGGUGUCAUAUAUGUCAACGGUCGCGUUCGGCAUCUCAAUACCUUCCGGAAAUGCAGCGCGUACAUCACGCAGGACGAUCGAUUGGAACCCCUGCUCACCGUGAUCGAGAACAUGAGGGUCGCCGCGGAUUUAAAACUGCCGUCAAGCACGCCGCAACACAAGAAGGAGAUGAUCAUCGAAGAUAUUCUCACGACACUUGGCCUAUACGAACACAUGUACACGAGAUCUGGUCGAUUAAGCGGCGGUCAAAAGAAACGGCUCUCCAUCGCACUGGAAUUGGUUAAUAAUCCGACGGUGAUGUUUCUCGACGAACCUACUACAGGUCUGGAUAGUUCAUCUUGCAUGCAAGUCGUAAACUUGCUAAAAAUAUUAGCGCGACAAGGGAGGACAAUCGUUUGCACUAUCCAUCAGCCCAGCGCGUCCUUGUUUCAAUUGUUUGAUCAGGUAUAUGUGUUAUCGAACGGGGACUGCUUGUAUCAAGGGGCAACGGGUAAGCUCGUACCUUACCUGGAAAAUAUAAAACUGCCGUGUCCUAUGUAUCACAAUCCGGCAGAUUACAUAAUCGAGCUUGCCUGUGGAGAGUACGGUGAUGAUAAAAUCGAUACGUUGAUAAUGGGAUCGCAAAAUGGACGAAAUUUGCAGUGGUUCGAUAAUCCCGCAGCUCUGAGGGAUGCGAAAAGCCUAAGAGCGGCACACCCAUUGAAAGUAAUGGACAACAGCAGCUUACACGCCACAAAUCUCGCUCACCAAAUCAAGAUCUUGCUAAGGAGAGGCUAUAUCAUGUGUAAACGAGAUACGACUUUGACGCAUUUGCGCAUCGGUGUUAACAUACUCGUCGGUAUAAUGCUGGGCUCCGUUUUUCUGCGAUCUGGCGCCGACGGUUCCCGCGUUUUGGACAAUUACAAUCUUCUCUUUUCAAUUCUCAUUCAUCACAUGAUGACGACGAUGAUGCUCACGAUAGUGACCUUCCCAAUGCAGAUGUCCAUCCUUCUGAAGGAGCACUUCAAUAGGUGGUACAGCCUCAAGGCGUUCUACACGGCGAUAACGUUGAUCGACGUGCCGAUUUCGAUAAUUUGUUGCAUCUUUUUCUCGAUAAUCGUCUACCUCAUGUCGGCGCAACCGUUGGAGAUUAUUCGAUUCGCUAUGUUUGUGGCCAUCAGUCUAUUAAUCAUGUUCAUAGGACAAGGUACCGGCCUUAUGAUAGGCGCUGUGUUUAACGUCGUGAAUGGCACAUUUAUGGGGCCAACGUUGGCAGUACCAUUAAUGAUGUUCGCCGGAUUCGGAGUAUCAUUACGCGAUCUACCAAGCUAUCUCAAGUGGGGCAGCUAUCUCAGUUAUUUGCGAUAUGGUCUAGAAGGAUUCGUCGGAGCCAUCUACGGGCUGAACAGACCCAUUCUAGAGUGUAAAGAGAAGGGCGAGCUGUACUGUCACUAUAAAUACACUUCGAAAUUUCUCUCAGACAUCGCCAUGAGGGAAGACCAAUUCUGGAACGAUAUCAUCGCCCUCACUACGAUAUUACUCAUCACGCGAUGCGGUGCAUAUUUGCUUUUACGAUGGAAGCUUGUAUCAUACCGAUAAUACCAUUGCGGCUGAGUCUUUGGAAUGGAUUUCUUUUUGUACUCCGGCUUACAUUUAAGUGAUUAAGAGACUACUUAAGUGUGUACUGUCGAGCUUUCAAUUUGUAGUAUUUAAGUUUUGUCCGCGAUUGAGAUCACAUUUGCCGAACGUAUCGCUUCCGAAAUAUUAAAAUAGCUCCGAAAUAUCGGAGUAAUUAUCGGCAAAAACAUUGAAAACGACGAUGAAUGCUUACUUUCUUAGUAUACGAUUUGCUCACUUGAGUAUGAUAUUUUUGUUAUCUGAAAUUUAUCUGAACUGAUAUCUACGCACAGCAAAAAAAGAGAGCGAACACAGGAAUGUUAAGCGCUCGAUAUAUAUAUAUAUAUAUAUAUAUAUAUAUAUAUGUAUAUAUACAUUCUUUUCGUAUAUGAUUUUGAUAAAUUGUCCGAGCAUAAUCUCAUUGAUAGUCGUACGAACGAAUAAGACUGUGCGUUUGCUUACGUGACGAACGCAUGUGUGUACGUACCUCCGAGUUCAUAUAUUGAUGAGCAUCGAGGUUAUAGACGGCAAAAUACGUAACACUAACAAUAUCGGUUAGUGAUUAAUGCGAUAAUCGUAUUUAAUUUUUUUACUUAAAUGUGAUACGUGCGAGAUGAUAUGUAAGGAAUCCGAUUUGUGAUACUGGGUGAUAAUAAUGUACACGUUGCGCGUCAACGCAGUGAAUUAGUAAGACACUUUCGUGUAAAGAUACACUACUUGAACUUAUAUAUCAGGUCGUGUGCCAACGUAAUUGCGUAUGUCACAGUCCUGACAGCUGACGAUUUUAAUUCACCCGAGGUUUUGAUAAGCAAAUAUGUCGAGGAUAAAAAGUGUGGAUUACGUUAGUAUACAUCGAUAAGAGGACGGUGCAAAGGUAAGUUGAAUCAAAACGCUGAUUUUAAGAUGGAAAAGCAUUAUCCGCUAAGAGAUAAUCAUUUUACUGUGAUAGUUUCUAAAAAUUGUCAGAAAAAUAUCAAAUUGUUGAUUGUUGCAAUAGUGAAUAUAUUGAAAAACAAUUACAUCUUUAACUUCAAUUCUUCGGAUAUUAAUCAAUUAGCAGAAAAAGUCUUCCAAAUUUAUUUCAUGUUCCUUAUAGAUCAUCAUUAUUAAUAUUGUUGUUAUUGCAAUAGCUUAUCUUUUUUUAUCAUACUGUUAUUAUAACGACAUUUAUUAUUUUGUUGCGUCAUUUAUAUAAGUUAAAUUGAAAUUCUGGGCUCCCGAUUUGACAUUUUUGUUGACUUUGCCAAGUCAUCAACGCAUUGAUUAUUCAUUUCUACUAUCCUAUAAGAUACUUAAAUUUAUUAUAUACUGUCAUACUUAAUUUAUUGUAUUAUAUACACCAAUCCUUACGCUAUCGUCAUAAUCAGAUAAGAAAAUAAAUCUUAUUAUAUUG